GAUAGAAGCUCACUUUAAUGUAGAGAGAACUCAAGUUCAUUUCAUUAACAACAUCAACGGAAUGCUAGGGCUGGUAAUCCAACAAAACCAAGACGGGUGCAGGGGACGAAGAGAAACGGAAACGGAAGCACUACGCGAGAGGAAGUCGGGGAAAGGGAAACAAGAGGGUACAGGCAGCACGGGAGGUGGGGACCAGUUGUCGGCAUAAUUUGAGAAGACCGUUGAGACCAGAGGAUCUGCAGAAAAUCCCAGAAAUGGCUAAUCAGGGGAACGAUGUAACCCCCACGUCUGUAGAGGACCUCAAUAGAGUGAGAGAGUCCGUGGAACGUUGCUACGAUGAGGGGGUUUGCCCGGACGAUGCCUACCUGGGCGAAGUAGUAGAAGAUAGAGAAGGGAAACGAUUCGAGGUGAACAAAAUGGUGGAUGAGGUGAAGGAACAGUGGUUAAGAGAGAGGUCGGUAGUUGUAACAUUCCAAGGAGAAGCCAGAAACCUGCAGCGUUCAGUCAAGGAGGACUUAAUUCGGGCCUACGAAGACGGGUGGACCGCGAAGAAACUGUUUCAACCAGGACUACGCAGAGGGCGUGUCAAAUUUGAAGGGGCCAAUGUUGCCUCGUAUGUGGCGAAGGCGAAGGAGAUCGCAGACUGGCUCGUACAACAAAAAGAAAUGAGUAUCAAGCUGGCUAACAAGGUGUACUCAGUUUCAUUUAAGCCAAGACUGUCCAGACAAGAACUCCAAGAUGCCCGGAUUCAGGAGGCGGAGUCUAAAUUUUGGAUUAUGGCAUUAAGAGUUCCUCUUGACGCUUACUACUUUCUGAGGAGCGCGGUACCAGGGGUAAGUGAGUGGGUUUCAGACCACAUGGCCAAAUGGGAGGCGGCCAAGCCACACUUUGGCUCCACUGCAGAAUGGCUAGAUGGGGGUAUUGCAAUCACUUCCGGGAUCCUCGACGCAGUAUCCCGAAUCUUGGCGAGAGAGAGAAACAUAAAGGAGGCUGAUUUCAAGAGGAGAGUGAAAGAGGCUGAGGAGCGAAUGGAAGGCCACCCAAUAUCUGUUAUGGUGUGGGCGGCAGAACGGGAGAAGAGACUAGAAGAAUGGGACAACUUCCAGGUAGAGAAGCAAAGAUGGUGGACCGAGCUGCUCCAAGAUAAAGGUAUCGAAACACACGACAAGAUGACGAAGGAAACAUUUCAGAAGCUGCUGCCUAGCAGGUCUCAACACCAGAUGGUCGAACUGAAGCACCCAUUCAAUGAGUCCGCGCCGACAGCGUGCUCUUCAACAGGCAUGCUGCAGUACGCAAGGUUGUACUAUGAGGACGUGCUCUCUACAAGGCGCCCUCAGGAUGAUGUCGAUUCUGAUCUCUCAACGUCCUCAGACAUGUGGGACAACACAGGGGUCCGUCUAAGCACAACAGCAAGAUUGGACUUGGAUCGGCCGCUCACGUUGGAAGAAGUCACACAGAUGCUGAAAACAAUGGCCAGGGGGAAGUCCCCAGGGGUGGACGGCCUCACAGUGGAGUUCUACAUAACUAAUUGGGGAGCUUUCGGGGAGUCACUAGUGAAACUCUACAACAAAGUGACGACGGGAGGCAAAUUGGGGAAGGGGAUGACACAUGGUGUGAUCUCAGUCCUUUUCAAGAAGGGAGACAAGGCUAGAGGGAGGGUCAUCGCAAGGAGAAGGCAAGCGGAAGUGAUUACGGCGGAUCGCAGGAGAGGUUGUGCAGAAAUUUCCAGCAGUCAAGCAGUGACUAUGGCUGCUGGCGCACUCGCAACUCGCCAUGUAACCAGUCGGGCAUCGGUAGUGGCUGCAAGUGCCAAAGGAGCUGCAUUAGACACCAAUCGACGGCGGGGAGAGGGCACAUCCAUUGUAUGGUUUCGAAAUGACUUGCGAGUUCAUGAUAACGAGGCUUUGCUCAGGGCAUGGCAGGACUCGGACGCGAUUUUGCCAGUGUUUUGCUUUGAUCCGCGAUUAUUUAAAAAGACUUUUUCUUUCGGACUUCCUAAGACCGGAGAAAUCCGUGCCCAAUUUCUCCUGGAGUCUGUGGAGGACUUGCAACGAACAUUGGAAUCCCAGGGCUCCGUUCUGGUUGUCAGGCAUGGAAAGCCAGAGGAUAUUAUUCCGGGGAUCGUGAGGGCUUCUGGAGCACACACGGUGUAUGGACAGAAAGAGACAUGCAGUGAGGAGCUAUAUGUGGAGAGGAAAAUGAGUGAGGCUUUGAAGUCCCUACAGACAGCAACCAGUGGCAAACGGAAUGAGAGGGGAGUCAAGCUUCAACUCUUUUGGGGUAGCACACUUUAUCAUCUGGACGAUCUGCCGUUUAGGUCCAGCCAUGUCCCAGAUGUUUAUACCCAGUUCAGGAAGUCUGUGGAAAGCUCAUGUAGAGUGCGCCUCAGCUUGAAAAUGCCAACUUCCUUGGGUCCCAAGAUUGCAGCGGAUGUGAUUGAUGCCAUUGGUGGGAAGGGCAUGUUGCCCUCCUUUCAGGAGCUGGGUUACUCGCAAAAGCGACAGUUGGAUCCAAGGGCUGUCUUACAGUUCAGAGGAGGUGAGACUGUGGCACUUGCAAGGCUAGAAGACUACUUUUGGAAGAAGGACAAGUUAAGAGUGUACAAGGAGACAAGAAACGGCAUGCUGGGCGCAGACUAUUCUACCAAGUUUUCACCUUGGCUUGCUUUUGGGUGCUUAUCUCCACGCUUCAUCCAUGACGAGUUGAUAUGGCGCGACUACUUCCGGUUUCUAACAAUAAAAUAUGGAAACAACAUCUUCAAACUGGGAGGUCCACGAAACGUGGCAGGAAAGCAACUGUGGAAUAGGAGCACAAGUUUGUUUGAUGCAUGGAAAGAGGGACGAACAGGGUAUCCAUUAGUUGAUGCGAACAUGCGGGAGCUCUCAUCCACAGGGUUUAUGUCCAAUCGGGGAAGGCAGAUUGUGUGUUCCUUCUUCGUCAGAGAUAUGGGAAUGGACUGGAGAAUGGGGGCUGAGUGGUUUGAGACAUGCCUUCUCGAUUAUGAUCCAGCCUCAAACUACGGCAACUGGACAUACGGUGCAGGUGUGGGUAACGAUCCAAGGGAGGAUCGGUAUUUCAGCAUACCUAAGCAGAGUGCAACAUACGAUCCUGAUGGAGAGUAUGUAGCGCAUUGGAUUCCAGAACUGGCUCAAGUGCCCAUGCCGAAGCGCCAUGCCCCUUACCGGUUGAGCACAGAAGAGCAGUUGCAAUAUGGUGUGCGUAUUGGCGAGGGUGGCGACUAUCCAGAACCAAUUGUCCCCCUUAAAUUUGGCGAUGGUGGAGGAAGCCGCCCAGUCAAUGGUCCGCGGCCAAGGAGUGCUCCUGGGAGAGGGAAUUUCAGGGCUCGACCUGCUGGUAGGAGUAUGUCAUCCUAUUUGCAGAGAGGGAAUGACUGAUAUAUGAAGGAAAGAAGGCCACUUCUUUCACUUUUUUUGUUUAGUAGAGAGUUGGAUCUUCUCCGUGGGUGGCGAGUAGGAGAUCUGAUCGGUGGGCUGCUUCUGUAACAUGUUUCCGAAUUCGAUAUGUUCAUGGUAGCAUUCAUACAUUGGAAUUGAGUGUGAGAGUGGAGCGGUUAGGGACAUCCUCCAGCGAGGACAGGGAAUAAGGGACCAAAAGGAGAAAUGAUGCAACCACUUUUGGAUUGGAAACUGAAAUUAAUAAAUCAUUGGAUGCCAUUGAUGCUUAUGAUUCUAUGUACGGAAAUGGACGAUGUGAAACCAACAGUACUUCCCAAAUUGCAGCUGUGUACGCGCCAGCCAUUGCUACAGUGCUGCGACGGUUCGUGAUUAGUGUUGUCCUGGUGCUGCAGGGUGGUACAUCUCACCACGUCUUAGCAUGUGUACGGCCACACUUUGGGGAAGUACUGGUUUUCGAAGAUCAUUGAGACACAUCAGAACGUCUGUAUUGUUGAUCAGAGUUCAAAUUCAAGAAGUGUGAUUAGAAGUUCGUCAGACUCAGAAUGAAUGUGAAAUUCACAA